AUGAACGACGAUUUUCGCCAUAUGAUUUUCCCCAGGGAUGCAGACGAUGGAGCCAGCCGAGGGCAACGAGCUUUGGUGGUCACGGCAGUCUUGACAGCAAUCGCCGCCGUCACUGUCGCAAUGCGAUUCUUAGCUCGCAUUGGACUGAUGAAGAUUACUGGUCGUGAAGACUGGACAAUUCUUCUUUCUCUGGUUUUCUCCAUUAUCUACCUCGGUCUAGUGGCAUCCGAAACGCAUUACGGCCUCGGAAGACACUCAAGCGAGCUCUCUGCCCAUGAGAAUCAGCAACAGUUAAAACGUCUAUGGGCCGCCAUCCCCAUGUACAACUCCAGUCUCGCCUGCACGAAAUUCUCCAUUCUCUUCCAGUAUCUGCGCAUCUUCCCGGGCCACGGUUUCCGCAUCGCUUGCUACAUCACGAUGGCCAUCGUGGCAAUCUACUCUACCUGGGCCGUCGUCAGCGGCUACGUCAACUGCGUCCCCGUCGCCAAGUUCUGGAACCAUGAGAUCCCAGGCUCCUGUCUCAGUUUCGAGGCAAUAUGGUUCUUCAACGCAUCCAUGAACAUCGCAACUGACCUGGCCUUGCUCAUCAUGCCGAUGCCCCUCCUCUCUCAUCUGCAACUUCCGCGCAUACAGAAACUCGCGCUCAUGACUGUCUUUGCUAUCGGUGGACUAGUCGUCAUAACCAGCAUCCUCCGCCUCUCCAGCCUCCGCAAAGUAGCCAAAAGCCCAGACACAUCCUACAGCAACGUCGCCGCCGCCUACUGGACCGCUGCCGAAUGCAACGUCGCCAUCAUCUGCGCCUGUCUCCCCUUCCUACGCCCCCUGGUCAGCCGCAUCUUCCCGAAGCUGCUCUCCACGCAGAGUUAUAAUACUCCGUAUUCGCGCGGACGGACCCUCACGACCAUGAAUAAUAGGUCCAGGGCCCCGGGGCCGAAGAUGGCGCUUUAUUCGCAGGAUCGGGAUCUGGGGUUGUGUACGAUUGAUGUCGAUGUGCAGGGUCCGGCGCAGGCGCACGUGGAUGGGCAUGGGGAUGGAUAUAGUGGUAGUAGUGCAGGGGGGAUUGAAGUGAGGACUGAAAUGACACAACAGAGUACGGUUCAUGAGGAGGAAACGAGUCAGAGGAGGUUGGUUAUGGAUGUAUGA